AUGGCGGGAGCUCUAGGCUUCCACGUCAGCGGUAUCCAGAUUCCGGCUGCGUUUAAGUCCGGGACCAAACAGACCUUUAGGAGAGCGUCUGUGAUCAGAUGUGCCGCCAACUCACCGAAGAAACGGUACACCAUUGCGGUACUUCCCGGCGAUGGCAUCGGCAACGAAGUCAUCCCAGUCGCCGUCGACGCUCUUCGUUCAGCUGGAUCUCUUGAAGGGUUAGAAUUGAGCUUCGAGGAGUUGCCUAUAGGAGGCGUUGCUUUAGAUCUCGUCGGAGUUCCACUACCGGAGGAAACAUUGACAAGGGCAAAACAGUCAGACGCUGUUUUUCUCGGAGCUGUUGGAUGGCCGAAAUGGGAUGACAAUCCCAAGCCUCUGAAGCCGAUAACGGGACUGUUUCAGCUUCGUGCGGCUCUUGAAGUUUUUUCCAAUUUCAGACCCAUCACUGUCUUCCCACAGCUGCUUGAUUCGACAUAUCUUAGAAAAGACACAGCUCAAGGGGUUGACCUUUUGAUCAUCCGGGAGCUUACCGGAGGUAUCUACAAUGCGCAUCCUCGGGGUUUUACCACGAAUGAACAAGGUGACGAAGUUGGAUUUUGCACGGAGUCCUACUCUGCCACUGAGGUUGAUCACAUUGCUCGUGUUGCAUUUGAAACUGCUAAGCAAAGGCGCGGUAAGCUUUGCUCUGUUGACAAGGCUACUGUCUUGGAGGGAUCAAUGUUGUGGAGGAAAAGAGUCACAGCAAUGGCCUUGGAGUAUCCUGAGGUUGAAGUGACUCAUCUGCUUAUUGACACCGCUGCCAUGGAUCUUGUUCGGCACCCAAGACAGUUCGAUACCAUUUUGACUGGAGUCAUGUUUGGUGAUAUUCUGUCUGAUCUCGCGGCUAUGAUCCCGGGAAGCGUAGGAUUACUCCCAUCUGCUGCCCUUGGUGAUUCAGGGCCUGGAAUCUUCGAACCCGUCCACGGAUCUGCACCUAAACACUUUGGAAAGGACACGGUGAAUCCCAUAGCGGCUGUGCUAUCAGCUGCAAUGCUGUUCAGGUACGGAUUGAAACAAGAGAACGCUGCAAAGAGGAUAGAAAAUGCAGUUUCCGAUGUCUUGGAUCGUGGGUUCAGAACUCGUGACAUUCACACUCCUGGAACUACAUUGGUUGGCUGCAGGAGAAUGGGCGAAGAGAUACUGAGAUCCCUUGAUACUAGAGUCUCUGCUUCCAACGGAAGUGUGGUUUAG